GGGGACGAAGUUGCGAAACUCCCGAGUAGGAGGGAGCUACUCUGCUAAGCCUGCUGAAAAAAAAAAAAAAAANGAGAAGAAGAAGAAAAAAAAAAGACAAUAAAAAAAAUAAACCUUCAAAAAACAGAAACCGAAGCGAACCGUGAAACGCCAAUCCUCCGACAUCUACAUGUACUGGAAUACUUUUUUUGUAAUAUAUCCUCUGUGAAGAAAGUAUUUAUACUUUUUUUUUUCUAUUUGCACUAACUAACGGUACUUCAGAACUACUGAGAAUCUUUAUUUUUUACAAAAAGAAAAAAAAAUACAAAUAAUUGUCACACCCUGUGGAAGGACACCACUUACACAAAACCAGCACUUUUGAUUUUGAACCCGUUUCAUCCUGCCUGGAGUGUGUCUGUGUUGCCAAACACGGAUAAACAAAGCAGACCCAGUGGACACAGUCAAGGUCAGACACAACUAUUCUCCACACACCUGGUAAACUUCAGCAGUUAGCUAUGCAGCUUGAAAUCCAAGUAGCUCUCAACUUCAUCAUCUCGUACCUAUAUAACAAGCUGCCGAGGCGGCGGGUCAACAUUUUUGGCGAGGAGCUGGAGCGGCAGCUGAAGCAGAAAUACGAGGGACACUGGUACCCGGACAAGCCAUACAAGGGCUCAGGAUUCAGAUGCAUCCACGUGGGAGAGAAGGUGGACCCCGUGGUGGAGAAGGCAGCCAAAGAGAGCGGGCUGGACAUUGAGGAUGUUCGCAACAACCUGCCCCAGGACCUCAGCGUGUGGAUUGACCCCUUCGAGGUGUCCUACCAGAUUGGGGAGAAGGGCCCAGUCAAAGUGUUGUACGUCGACGACAGCAACGAAAGUGGAGCUACUAGUGGAGGGCUCGAUCUGGACAAGGAGAUCAAGAACAGUUUCAACCCGGAUGCGCAGGUCUUCAUGCCCAUCAGCGAGCCCGUCAACGGCGCCUCUCCGGGCUCCAGCUCGCCCUCGCCUCCCUUCGGCCACUCGGCGGCGGUCAGCCCCACCUUCAUGCCGCGCUCCACGCAGCCUUUAACCUUCACGACGGCCACCUUCGCUGCCACCAAGUUCGGCUCCACUAAGAUGAAGAGCAGUGGACGCAACAACAACAACAACGGCGGCAACGGCGGCGGCGGCGGCGGCAGCGCUGGCAACAAGGUGGCCCGUACCUCUCCCACCAACCUGGGCCUGAAUGUGAACAGUCUCCUGAAACAGAAAGCCAUCUCCACCUCCAUGCACUCUCUGUACGGGUUGGGCCUCGGCGCGCAGCAGCAGCACCAGAAGCCCUCGGCCCUGUCCCCCAACGCCAAGGAGUUUGUGUUCCCCAGCCUGCAGGGCCAGGGCAGCCAGAGUGCUCUGUUCCCCGGGGACAGCUCUCUCAGCCUCAGCCCGCUGCAGUACAGCAAUGCCUUCGAUAUGUUUGCGGCCUACGGUGGCCUUAACGACAAGUCCCUUAUGGAUGGCUUGAAUUUCAGCUUAAGCAACAUGCAGUAUUCUAACCAGCAAUUCCAGCCAGUCAUGGCCAACUAGUACAAAGGUACUACUUAAGCUACUACUUCAUACAGAAACGACCAGAGAUAAUGUGAUGGGGGAAACAAACACAAAUGCACAUUUUGAAAAAUAAAAAAAAGUGUAAACGAGAACAGAAUGUCAAGAAUUAAAAGGAAAAAAAACACGACUUGUCACCUGUAAGAUCUAAGUUACGAGUCAAAGAGCAUGAGCCCGAGGGUGAAUUACGUUGCCCCCUUGAGUUAUACUUGUUUUUUUUGUUUUUUUUCUUAAACAAUGAAGCUUGUAGUACAAGAUGUCCAAGCUUGGUUACGUAAACUUCAACAUGCAUCAUUGUUAUUUCUUUUGCCAACCAAGCACAAAAUAUUUUUUUUAUGUGACUGUUUUAAGAUAUAAAAAAAAGACAAAAAAAAAAAACAAAGAACCCACCACCACAAGUCAUGGCCUCUUUCAGUAUUUAAACAUAACUGGACAACGCCAAUUUUUUUUCAAGAAAUUGGCAAAAAUAAGUGGGAUUUCCUGGUCUUUUUCUAAUUGUAUAAUUUAAUUUAGUACAGAGUUUGUAAAAUAUCAGAGUAUCUAUUGUUUCUACGACAUGGUAUUGCAUUUAUAUCUUUUUACUACUCCAGUGAUCUGUGAUGGCUGCAGCAACUUUAUGUUUUCUUUUUUUAUUGAAAUUAUAAAAAAAUGAAUCCAUCUUAAAAAAAAAAAAAACAUUGACUAUUCUAAAGAUUGUGUACAGAAUAUUCCGUAGUGGUGGGAUUUAAGAAUAUUUGCUUUUUUGAAAAACAUAAGAGUUGUAUUUUCUGUUAAGAGUUUAAAGAUUUUUGCUAUAUUAUGGACAAAAUGUAAUCGUAUAUUAAUUUUGUACCUACAUUGUGCAAUACUUGAUAAAAACAAAACGGUAUAACAAAGUAUUCGGAGUCAGUGUCUUACAUGUUAAGAGGGACUGAUAGUUUAUUAAGUUUGUAUUAAAAAGCUUGAAAAUAA